AAUGAGGAGGGAUGAAUGCCAUAUAGGAAAAAGAAUGUUAGGAAUGAAUGUUGAUGGACGGAGAGCGGAUGGUAGACCCAAAAAACGAUGGAUGGAUUGUGUGAAAGAGGAUAUGAGAAAGAAAGGAGUGAGUGCUGAGGUGACGAAAGAUAGAGGAGAAUGGAAGAGAAGGACAUGUUGUGCCGACCCCACAUAACGUGGGAUAAGGGCAGGAGAAAGAAGACAUGUAUCGUACAACGUUUUUCAGUACAUAUGGCCCUUUAAAUGUUAGACACAGUAACGUAAUAUGCUAAUUUUCGUACUAGUGCGGUAAAGUAGCACCAUAUGUGUACUGUAAAUAAUAUUAAUUUUACAAAAACUAAACGAAAAAGUACAAAGAUCUGAUACCUUUUUACUCUUAACAUAUUGCCGUACCCUACAGUUAGUCACUUAUCCGUUCUUCAAUUCAAUUAUACUCGUAGUACGCUAUGCUUACGACUGUAAAAACUACCAUUUCUUUCUUCGCAUAGAAAAAAAUCUCAAGUCGAUCUAGCGUAAGAUAAAUGUUAAAAUAGAUGUCCUUGAGCGUGUUUAAAAAAGCUUAAUUACUACCGACACUUGUAACUUGACACAAAUAGCGAUUACUAUGUAUGUGCAAGACAGGUUACGAAUGCGCUUCGCUCCCGAAAUAGCCUCAACCCUUACAUAAUUUGUUGUUGGACGCGGGGUGCCCACCCCUCAGUCGGCUACCGAACGGCGCGAGGCUCGCCCGCGUCUGAUUGUCGAAUAGAGCGGAUGAAAUAUUGAGAGAUUUACGAAUAGGGGCAAUUUGCGAAGACUUGGUUAAAGUUGUAGCUUAGCUUGAAGAAGUAACUGGAGAUAAAUCAAGGUUUAUAGUGACUGGAGUUAGGUUCUGGGAGGUUGUGUUUAUGAUGAUGUGAUGUGUUCGGCCUGAACCGUCUGCCAGGAUGCCGCUUACGCCAACAGCCCCUGCGAUGCCAACAGAGAUGGCGCACGAGGGCGCCGGCGCGGCGGAGAGCUCCCCGCAGCCGACGCCGUCGCCACCGCACGCGCCGCGCCUGCCCGCCGCCGAGGCCAGCUUUCAUUCUCAAAUCAUGCAGAAUCAGAGCCCAAGAAAGAACCAUAUAGCGGAGAGAGCGAAACAAACCUUAGAAAAUAGUUUCCUGUUACAACUGAAGAAGCAGCAGCAGCUGCAGCAGGAGAUCCUGCUGCAGCACUUCCAGCAGCAGCGCGCGCAGCUCGCCGAGCAGCAUGAGCAGCAGCUGCGGCAUCAUCUCAAGCCUGUUUGGUUUCAGCUGUGGGAGCAGCAGAAGCAGAUGGAGGAGGCGGCGCUGCGGGAGGCGAGAGAAGCGCGGGAGGCGAGAGAAGCGCGGGAGGCGAGGGAGAGGCACGAGAGGGACAGGGUGGAGCUGCUGCGGAAGAGGGACAAGCAUGAGCACAGCGCUAAUGCGUCGUCGCAAGUCAAGCAGAAGCUUCAGGAGUUCUUAAAGAAGAAGCAAGCCGCGGCGAAUGCCAACGGCACUGUUCCUGGAUCUCCUUACAGAAAUUGGGGUAUAGUAAAAUCGUCAUCGGGCGAGUCCAUCACGUCGGCCAGCGCGGCGGCCACGCACCCGUACAGGCUGGCGGCGCCGCCGCUGCCUCUGGCUCUGAACGCCGCGCCUCAGCCCUCGCCCAACGACUUCCCGCUGAGGAAGACUGCGUCCGAGCCCAACAUGCUGAAAGUGCGGCUAAAGGCGCGCGUCAUCGAGCGUCGAGCGUCUCCGCUCGCGCGGCGCCCGCUCAAAACACGGCCCAAGCACCGCAAUUGCGACGGCAGCUCGCCACGUGGCUCACCUACCGGCGCGUGCACGGCAGCGCCAAUCCGCGAAGAGGAAGAACCGAGCACCCGACCAGAGUUACUGUUCUCUUCACCUUCAAUGCCGAAUAUCUCGCUCGGCAGGCCCGCGCCCGCUCCUGUCCCGCAGGUGAUGGUGUCAGUGUCCCUGCCGCCCGUGUGCGAGGCGGAGCCGUACGUGGCGCCGCCGGCGGGCGCGGGGGCGGGCGCGGGCGCGGGUGCGGGGGCGGGGGCGGGCGCGGCGCACACGCGGCCGCCGGCGCGCCCGCUCGGCCGCACGCACAGCGCGCCGCUGCCGCUCGGCGACCCCGCGCUGCAGCACUCGCACACCUACCUGCGCGACCAGAUACGGAAGACGGUCCUGACGCGCGCCCACGACGCCGCGGCGGCCGCGCUGCGCGAGGAGGAAGGCGAGGUGAUCGACCUGACGGCGCGGCGCGCGGCCGUGGCGGCGGCGCCCCUGGCGCGCGCGCUCAGCUCGCCGCUCGUCGGCGCGCGCGCGCCCGCCACGGGGCUCGCCUACGACGCGCUCAUGCUGAAGCACGGGUGUGCGUGUGGCGCGCACGCGCCGCAACACCCCGAGCACGGCGGGCGCCUGCAGUCGGUGUGGGCGCGCCUGUGCGAGACGGGGCUGCUGGCGCGCACGGAGCGCACGCGGCCGCGCAAGGCGUCCCUCGAGGAGCUGCAGUGCGUGCACUCGGAGGCGCACGUGGCGCAGUACGGCGGGCGGCGCGCCGGGGCCGCGGGGCCGCGCCAGCUGGUGCGCCUGGCGUGCGGCGGGCUGGGCGUGGACUCCGACACGGCCUGGUCCGACAUGCACACGGCCGCCGCCGCGCGCAUGGCCGCCGGCGCCGUGCUGGACCUGGCCUCCCGCACGGCCCGCGGCGAGCUGCGCAACGGAUUCGCGGUGGUGAGGCCGCCGGGGCACCACGCGGAGCCCAACCAGGCCAUGGGCUUCUGUUUCUUCAACUCGGUGGCCGUGGCCGCCAGGCUGCUGCACCAGCGGCUGCGGUUGCAGAGGAUACUCAUCGUAGACUGGGACGUCCACCACGGCAACGGCACGCAGCAGAUCUUCUACGAGGACCCGCACGUGCUGUACAUCAGCAUCCACCGGCACGACGACGGGAACUUCUUCCCGGGCACGGGCGCCGCGUCCGAGUGCGGCGCGGGCGCCGGCCUCGGCUUCAACGUCAACAUCGCCUGGGCCUCCGGCCUCAGCCCGCCGCUCGGCGACGCCGAGUACCUGGCCGCCUUCCGCUCCAUCGUCAUGCCUAUUGCCAAGGAGUACGACCCGGAGCUGGUGCUGGUGUCGUGCGGGUUCGACGCGGCGGCCGGGCACCCGGCGCCGCUGGGCGGCUACACGGUGAGCGCCGCCUGCUUCGCCAGCAUGACGCAGGACCUCAUGCAGCUCGCCAACGGCAAGGUGGUGCUGUCGCUGGAGGGCGGCUACGACCUGCCCGCCAUGUGCGACUGCGCGCAGGAGUGCGUGCGCGCGCUGCUGGGCGACCGCGUGGCGCCGCCCGCGCCGCACGAGCUGGCGCGCGCGCCCGCCCAGCCCGCGCAGGACGCGCUGCGGCACGCGCUCGCCAUACAGGCGCCGCACUGGCCCUCGAUAAAGCGGUACAGCAGUCUGAUCGGCAUGUCGGCGCUGGAGGCCGGGCCGGCGGUGGCGGCGGCGCGGCUGGGCCGCCUGCAGACGGAGCGCGACGCCGCCGACACGGCCGCCGCCAUGGCCACGCUGUCCAUGCACCACCCGCGCCCCGACGCCAAGCCCAGGUCUGUACUGUACCCUACCGUCACCGACGGCGCGGCUGGGCCGCCUGCAGACGGAGCGCGACGCCGCCGACACGGCCGCCGCCAUGGCCACGCUGUCCAUGCACCACCCGCGCCCCGACGCCAAGCCCAGGUCUGUACUGUACCCUACCGUCACCGACGGCGCGGCUGGGCCGCCUGCAGACGGAGCGCGACGCCGCCGACACGGCCGCCGCCAUGGCCACGCUGUCCAUGCACCACCCGCGCCCCGACGCCAAGCCCAGGUCUGUACUGUACCCUACCGUCACCGACGGCGCGGCUGGGCCGCCUGCAGACGGAGCGCGACGCCGCCGACACGGCCGCCGCCAUGGCCACGCUGUCCAUGCACCACCCGCGCCCCGACGCCAAGCCCAGGUCUGUACUGUACCCUACCGUCACCGACGGCGCGGCUGGGCCGCCUGCAGACGGAGCGCGACGCCGCCGACACGGCCGCCGCCAUGGCCACGCUGUCCAUGCACCACCCGCGCCCCGACGCCAAGCCCAGGUCUGUACUGUACCCUACCGUCACCGACGGCGCGGCUGGGCCGCCUGCAGACGGAGCGCGACGCCGCCGACACGGCCGCCGCCAUGGCCACGCUGUCCAUGCACCACCCGCGCCCCGACGCCAAGCCCAGGUCUGUACUGUACCCUACCGUCACCGACGGCGCGGCUGGGCCGCCUGCAGACGGAGCGCGACGCCGCCGACACGGCCGCCGCCAUGGCCACGCUGUCCAUGCACCACCCGCGCCCCGACGCCAAGCCCAGGUCUGUACUGUACCCUACCGUCACCGACGGCGCGGCUGGGCCGCCUGCAGACGGAGCGCGACGCCGCCGACACGGCCGCCGCCAUGGCCACGCUGUCCAUGCACCACCCGCGCCCCGACGCCAAGCCCAGGUCUGUACUGUACCCUACCGUCACCGACGGCGCGGCUGGGCCGCCUGCAGACGGAGCGCGACGCCGCCGACACGGCCGCCGCCAUGGCCACGCUGUCCAUGCACCACCCGCGCCCCGACGCCAAGCCCAGGUCUGUACUGUACCCUACCGUCACCGACGGCGCGGCUGGGCCGCCUGCAGACGGAGCGCGACGCCGCCGACACGGCCGCCGCCAUGGCCACGCUGUCCAUGCACCACCCGCGCCCCGACGCCAAGCCCAGGUCUGUACUGUACCCUACCGUCACCGACGGCGCGGCUGGGCCGCCUGCAGACGGAGCGCGACGCCGCCGACACGGCCGCCGCCAUGGCCACGCUGUCCAUGCACCACCCGCGCCCCGACGCCAAGCCCAGUUCGCCAGACUCAUCACGGUCGGUAUCGGAAGAGCCGAUGGAGCAGGACGAGGGCAAGUGAGCCCUGGUGCGUGAACAUGUAUGUACAGUUACUGCUAACAUUCCGCCGCCGGCCCUAGGGACCCUAGGGUCCAGGGCCAGUCCGCGGCUCCUCGAAUCUGCGCUACAGUCAGGAGAGUACUGAUAAACCUAUUUAUUUAGACCCAGAACUAGUGACCAUAUUUUGCGCUCGAUAAGUAAAGAAUUUAUGUAUAUUUAUGGAAGUUGUACAUAUAUAUAAUUGAGAGUAUAUCGACGUUAGACGUGCGCGCCGAGCGCGAAAGGUUUAUGUGACGUUGUGAACUUUACAAACGAAAUGUGUCCUGCCAAAUCUCCAUCUCGAGGCGAGAUGUUCGUAGUUACGUUAAUGAUUGUCUAUUGGAUGUAUAAUUCAUAAUGAAUUAGCUGAGCUAUAGAUACGUGUGUAGGUGUUAAAAUUAAGACAAAUCUUAAUUUGAAAGCUUUAAAAUGUAGUAAAAUGAUAAUUUGUACAAAAAAUAUCAAUAUUUGGAAGAAAUGUUUUAUAUGAAUAAUCUACGAAGUAGGUAAUGUAAUUAUAUAGUAGGCGGCGUUUAGAGAAUUGCCUAAAUGAAUGUUAUAUAUUUUCCCUCGUGGGCGUGCUGAAAAAUUUAUAUAUUUAUAUGAAAAAGAUACUCAAGUUUCUUGUUACGGAAAUGUAGAUUUCCUUUCAUUGUGCCCCUGGGGCUUGCCACUCUUCACUUGUCUACUAUACCAAAGAUAGUAAACUUUCAAUUUCUAAUAAAUUAUUCAUCUACUUACGAGUAGCUGGUGCAUUCACAUGAACUGUGGAUUUCUGUCUCUGUGAUGAGUUGAAGCUUGUACAAAUCGAUUGAUGUUUGUCAAAGUGUUUUAAAUUGUACGAUUUGUAUCAAAGUCUAAGAGUCCUGUUGUACCGAAUAGUUUACUAGGCAUGGACUUACUUUACUAAACUUGCACAAAAGGACGUUUUUGAAAGAUCCUUUGUGUAGGAAGCUGUUCAAAGAUAAUGUGCAAUACUUAUUUGUAGUUUGGCGCUGAUAGUCAAAUUUGAAGCUACAACGGGCAGUUUUUCCAAUGGCGGUACAUAUUUUCUUGUACUAAGUUUUCUAGAGGGUACGUCGUAUGUUCUAUAGAUCUGUUUUUAAGAGAUAGAGCUUAAAUUACGGACAAAACAUACCAGGUCUGUAGAACAAAUGAAACACCCAAGCAGUCUGUUUGGCUCCGUCCACUUAGACCCUGAUAUUUUUAUGGAUCCAUAGAUUGUAUUUUCGUAAAGACUUGUGGAACUUUCGGAUAGAUUUGAAAUUGAAACGGACAUGUAUAUAUAAGUAUUUGUAUACUUGUGGAUCCGAGUUUGGGUCCAAGUGUGUGGAGCCGCUGCCUUCGGCGAGUGAAGUAGGCACGCUGUGUUCGGCCGUCGGCCGUAGGAUCCAAUCCUGUACGUUAAAUAAUACAAUGUUGUGUCUUUGAGAAUUUUAUUGUUAAAUUGGAAUACAGAUGAAAUAAUUAUUUAAUAAAUGUAUAUAUAUACAUAUAUAUAUAUAUAUAUUUGGAAAUAUAUGAGCAUUUUUAUUUUAAA